UCGUUCACGAGUAGUGAAUUCACGCGGAGUAUUUAAAACAUUGCCGUUCGUAUGGACGGACGUGAAUUUACUUUUGAUGGGAAAUUGGACACCGUUGCAACGAGUGCAUUACCCAAGCGAAAAUAAUAAAAAAAAAACAUUGAGCAGAUUAAAACUUGACGUUCAAAUUACAAUUUGUUUAACAUUGAUGCCCCGUAAAAGGAUGUGUUAGUGGUGUAUUACAAGUGUCUAGAACUUGUAGAUAUUUAUUUGCUACAUUUACAUAAUUCUUUUAAGCUCUUUACUUUGUUUUAUUAAACUUUAAAAUACCUGUUGGUCCAAUUGUGAGACUUAUUUUAAAACUCAUCUGUAACCCUAAAUAUCAAUGUGAACUAAACUUCAUAUCAAUCUACUUAUCCUAUAUAAAUAUUUAAUUAUAUACUUUUUAUCCGUGUGAGGACCAAGUUUGUAUGCACUGUAAAAUAGAAGUUUUAAUAGUGACGUAAACAUUAUAUUAUAAAUGUAGUGUUGUGUAAAUAUAUUUAAUAUCUAUUCGAAACAUUAAGAUAACGAAUACAACGAAGAAAUUUUGAUAUCGACUCGUAAUAGACUGUAAACAAGAUGUCCGUGCCAACAACAGAUAGCACCGAAGCCAUAACAAACUCCGGCUACGGAAGCAGUGAUGAAACAGCCAGUCUUUUGGUUUCUGGACCUUCAGUCACCGUUAUUGUUCCUACAGAGAAUAGAACUGUUAAGCCGGUUCUUCAAAGACAAGAUUGUACCACACAUUUACGACCUCAAUUAUCAGGUGGUCCUGGCAGUGAAGAAAGUGCAGCUUCAAUUAGAAUAGAAGACGGUACUACGAGAAGCGUGCCGGAUAUAGAAUUGCAAUGUCGAGAACCACCAGAUCGUCCUCAGACUCUCGUUUCUCCAAUGGCAACUUGCUCACAUAGGGGUUCAGUAACUGCAUGUCAGUUAGUUCCGCACGCAUACACUAGAUGUCGUGUUUGCGAAAGAAGGCAGUCAACGGCGCCAAUGUCGGCACUACAACUAGCGCGAUCUGUGUCUAGGGAGAGUGUUCGCUCAGCUGUUCACUAUCCUUGUGGAUGUAGUUCGCUACACGCUGUCAGUACAUGCCCUGCUAUUCAACCUCCAGCAUUAUUGCUACCGGCAACAAAUGCGAGAAUCAUACGACAAAGUUCGCAGCCGGAGUCGAGCGCAUGCGCGACCCACUGCGCUCAUCACACACAUCACCACCCCAGCGCCUCCCUGCGACAACUACGUGAACCCGGCGAUGGAAUCGCUGGAAUUGCGGCCGAUUCUUUACGAAUCAACGGCGGAAUGCGACCCUUCAAACAGCUGCGGAAACCGGUGUCGACGCUCUCAAUCCCCGGCGCUAUGAAGGCGUACUCCGGGAGGGACGCGGCGGCUGAGGAGGCCGGAGUUGCGCUAGUCGGAGUACAUAGCGAGUACCCGCGUUACGGCGAAGAGAGGGCCCUCGGCGGUGGCACAUAUAAGGGCGGGGGGACGGCCAAGCACAAACCUAACAUAGGAUAUAGAUUAGGUAGAAGAAAGGCGUUAUUUGAAAAAAGAAAACGAAUAAGUGACUACGCGCUAGUUAUGGGAAUGUUUGGUAUAAUUAUCAUGGUCAUAGAAAAUGAAUUAUCUAGUGCUGGAGUAUACACAAAGGCAUCAAUAUAUUCACAAGCGUUGAAGACGCUAAUAUCAAUGUCAACUGUGAUUUUACUCGGCCUAAUCGUCGCUUAUCACGCUUUAGAAGUACAGUUAUUUAUGAUAGACAACUGCGCCGAUGACUGGCGGAUAGCAAUGACGUGGCAACGGAUUGCACAGAUUGCCCUCGAGCUAGCCAUAUGCGCAGUUCACCCCAUCCCUGGGCAGUACACUUUCACUUGGACCACAAAAUUGGCGAAUAAAGGAGGAGUAAUAGGUGUCGAAGUAGACACAAUUUAUAAGCAAAUUCAGGUUCCGUAUGACGUAACUCUUUCCCUUCCAAUGUUCUUUCGUCUGUAUCUAAUAUGCAGGGUUAUGCUGCUACAUAGCAAGCUAUUCACAGAUGCUUCGUCUAGAAGUAUAGGAGCUUUGAACAGAAUUAAUUUUAAUACUAGGUUCGUAUUAAAAACUCUUAUGACUAUAUGUCCUGGAACCGUAUUACUUGUUUUUAUGGUAUCACUCUGGAUAAUUGCAAGCUGGACUUUAAGGCAAUGUGAAAGGUUUCACGAUGAAGAACAUGCUAACCUACUCAAUGCGAUGUGGCUUAUUGCGAUUACAUUUCUCUCCGUCGGUUUUGGUGACAUUGUGCCAAACACAUAUUGCGGCAGAGGUAUCGCCGUAAGCACCGGCAUUAUGGGGGCGGGAUGUACAGCAUUAUUAGUGACCGUUGCGUCGAGAAAAUUAGAAUUAACUAGAGCGGAGAAGCAUGUUCAUAACUUCAUGAUGGAAACUCAACUCACGAAAAAGCUGAAAAAUGCAGCAGCCAAUGUUUUAAGAGAAACUUGGUUAAUAUACAAACAUACGAGGCUCGUGAAAAGAGUACAUCCGGGUCGUGUAAGAACACAUCAAAGAAAAUUCUUAUUAGCAAUUUAUGCAUUACGAAAGGUUAAAAUGGAUCAAAGAAAACUAAUGGACAACGCCAACACGAUAACAGAUAUGGCAAAGACUCAAAACACGGUGUACGAGAUUGUAUCGGAUAUGAGUACAAGACAAGACACUAUUGAAGAGAGAUUAACUAGCUUAGAAGAAAAAUUAACUACUUUACAAGAGCAAGUAAACAAUUUACCAGAUGUCAUGGCGCGGUGUCUACAGCAAUGCUGGGAGCGCACUGAACAGCGAAGAAACUUUCUUCAUCCUGACACUGCUGCCGUCCCUACUCCACCCGCAUCCUCUAUAUCUCCUUAUUCUAGAACAUUAGCAACUUCAACGCACCCAUGGCCGCAGAGUCCCGUUUUGCAACCGGCAGCGCGGACACACUCUGCUCCUGAGAGUGCGACAUCUCCCUCUGCUCCACAAACUUCAAGCCCAGCUCCACAUUCCUCACGGCCACCUCUACCCAGCUGAGUACUGCCUUCCAACUCCGAACUCCUGUGCUGAACUCGACGAAACUCGGCGCCCGUCCUCUGAUCCCCUUACCACAACUACGCCCUAAUGUGGCCAUCGGGGAAAUUGUUUCACGAUAAAUUUUGACUUUUACACAAUAUGCACCCAGUACUUUUAAAUUUUAAUUUAGUUUUAUCAGUCUUAUGUAACACACUUUUAAAUGUUUUGAUGAUGGUGUUCAAGUAUCAAGGAUGGUGUGUCAGUGAAAUAAUUAUCCCGGUUUGCCAACGGACCAUGCCGCGGAGCGAGACAAGGUCAGCCGUAGUUUUUUUCGCUGUUCCCAAAGUUUCGGAUGUGUCAGACUGUUUUAGUGAUAUCGUUUAGGUAGUGAAUGAAAUUAGGCGGAAAGGACAUGCUGUUGUGAUUAUACAAAAUGCUUUAUUGAUAGACGCUUUAGCCAAUAUGUUAGAUGAUAUUUUGAAUACAUUAUCAGCUUUUGUAUUAUUAUUACUUAGAUUGGCGUUAUCUACACCUCUGUUUAGGUUUAUCUAAUGUUCGAGGAACCAACAGUGUUUUAAUGAAGAAAUGUUUAUACUGAACUUUAUUGUAAAUAGCACUAUGGUUAUAAUAAUAAUACACGAAUGAAUCUAUAAGCAUGUCAAUCUAAAAAAUCAUUUUCUAGAUUCAUUGGUGCAUAAACACACAAUUAAUAAUAAUUUAUAACAAUAUAAUGAUAACAUAUAGAAAAUAGCCAUAAAAAACAGAAUUGAUAUUAACAAGAGUGAAUACGCAUAAUAAAAUAAUGUGCAACUAGUUAUAUCAAUAGUUAGAAGACAAUAUAUUAUAGACUUACACUUAAAUUAUAUCAUAAUAAAAUAUCUGCAUUAUCCCAUUUUGUCUCGUUCGUUUGAGACACGGAUAUAGUUCGAGGCUGUCACAAAUUAAAUAACACUGUAUACACACUUUUUAGGUUAUAGACAAAUUGUAUUGUUACUACCUGCCUAUUGACAUGUAGAUUAAAAUAAACAUUUUUAUAAGACAUAGAUUAAGUAAAGCUUUGUAAUAAGACAUUAAGAUUGAUGGCUGUCUAAAUAGUGCCUAAAACACUACGAAAAUUUCGAUUAUUCAGUUUUAUUAUCUUAAAAAUGUAAAUAGGAUUACUAAGAUUUGGGAGUAAUUUUAAUAUUUAAUAUCUGAUUUUGUAGCUUGUAUGAGUACGAGUGAUGGGAUCAAUUUCUUUAUAAAUUUCAGUUCCAUAAUGGACCCAACAAUAACAUCAUGUAUAUACUAUAUUAUAAAGGUGGUAUUUAUAAAUAAUAACCAUAAACAGACCAAAAACAUUUU